UUCAGCGUUGCCAAGCUGAAGCAGGUUGAUAUCAUGCACCAUUACACCAAUCAAACUCUUUGCAUGUCACUGCAUCAAACCACUGAGCUUAAUUGGUUUAGGGCUUGCUCAUAAAUCUGUUAAUCUUGUAAUCAUUUUUAAUGAUAAAGGAAUAAGAUGGUUAAUAUUUCCAUAUAGCCUACAAGGGACAAUGCAUUGUCAAAUGUGCAAUUGAGUUCUGACUAAAUUAAUUAAUUAUGAGGCUUAAACUGCAGCUGGAAGAUUGUGCUUGCUGGGAGGCCUGGCAUCUGUCUGUCUGUUUGUGGAUAAAUGCACAAAUGGCCCCUAGUGCUAGGGGCGCCCUCGAUUACCAUUCCAAGCACAGCACCUCUUGUCACCCGCGAAAUGGAGCCGGCUCUGUGACGGGAAAAGGUUGACAGUAGGCUAAGUCCACGACUUGUGUGACGCCCCGACCAGAGAACAGAGUGUUUCUGACGGGGUGUCAGUCUGGAUUAAGUCGCUUUGAGACCGCAAAUCACCGGCGGAGUUGCUGAGAAAAAGCGAUGUGAACAUCUGGCUGCUGUAACGCGAUCCGAAUUCAGCACCAGCAGCCAGUAGACAGCGCCGUAUAGAUAGCUGCCUGUCGCUACAAAGGCGUUUUCCCUGCUAAACGGUGCAUGCAGGCGGAAUGCGCAGAGGCAAUCCUCUCUGUAGCUGGAAAGCUGCAGCCUCAAAGCGAUAGCGGGACCCCAUUCGCCCGCAGUUUUUUUAUAAGCAUACACUGCAUUUUCCACGAAGAUAUACAGGAACGGAAAAAACCUUUGGAAUGUUGAUUUGUCUGCUGGUCAUGGAUUUUUUUGAAGGGCAUCAGUGCUUACGAAGGCCAUUGUCAUAGACCAUCGUAGGAUCCAGCGCACAUUUUUUUGGGACACCUGAGUGCCACCAGACAGAAUCUGUCAAAAUGCUUUUGCACUCAUAACUGCAUUUGGGAAGAAUUGACUCGGUAUUAUCCUAUAUCGAACAUAUCGUGCUGAUGUUUCGUGGUUAAGGUGGUUGACUCUGACUGGAAAGCCUGAUGGAGACCCUGCUAGUUUACCUGAUGGUCCUUGGCAUGGCUGUUAAAGCCCACAAAGUUCAGGUGUGCCCAAAACGCUGUGUCUGCCAGAUGCUCAACCCCAACCUGGCGACUCUUUGUGACAAGAAGGGCCUUCUCUUCGUCCCGCCCAACAUCGACCGGCACACUGUGGAGAUGCGACUGGGCGACAACUUUGUCACAGGCAUCAAGCGGCGGGACUUUGCCAACAUGACCAAACUGCAGGACCUGACGUUAUCUCGCAACACCAUUGGUUCCAUUUCACCUCAUGCUUUUAAAGACCUGGAGAACCUCAGGGCCUUGCACCUGGACAGCAACCGUCUGACGAGUCUCACCAAUGACACCUUCAGCGGGAUGUCCAAACUUCACCAUCUUAUUCUUAACAACAACCAGCUGAUUAAUAUCCACACAGGGGCUUUCAAUGAUCUCACAGCUCUAGAAGAGUUAGAUCUGUCCUACAACAACUUAGAAAGCGCGCCGUGGGUAGCUAUUCAGAGAAUGACCAGUCUCCACACCCUGGGCUUAGACCACAACAUGCUAAGCUAUAUCCCUGAAGGAACCUUCUCCAGCCUGCAGAAGCUCAAACGGCUUGACGUCACCUCCAAUAAGCUCCAGAAGCUUCCGCCAGACCCGGUGUUCCAGCGGGCUGGGGUUCUGGCCACGUCAGGGAGCAUGGGACCGUCGUCAUUUGCCUUGAGUUUUGGUGGGAACCCACUGAGGUGUAACUGUGAGCUGCUGUGGCUCCGCAGGCUGAGGAGAGAAGACGACCUGGAGACGUGUGCGGCUCCGCAGCACCUGGCUGGAAGAUACUUCUGGACCGUGUCAGAGGAAGAGUUCCUCUGUGAGCCGCCUCUCAUCACCAGACACUCUCAGGAGCUGCGAGCGUUGGAGGGUCAGAGUGUGGCUCUGCGCUGUAAGGCCAGAGGUGACCCCGACCCCAUAAUCCACUGGAUUGCCCCAGACGGCAGGCUCAUGUCCAACUCUUCCCGGGCAACAGUGCACAGUGACGGGACCCUGGACAUCCUCAUCACCACUGUGAAGGACUCUGGCUCCUUCACCUGUGUUGCCUCAAACCCGGCUGGGGAGGCCCAACAAACUGUGGACCUGGUGAUCGCCAAACUUCCGCACAUCAACAACGGUAGUUUGGAAAAGGAACCAGAUCCAGGUUCUUCUGACAUUGCGACGGUAACGAGGACGGGUGGUAGUGUAGAGGGCUUGGUGCCACUGGGAAACACGAAGCCAAGCCAGGAGAAGAAGGUGGAGAUUGCUGACAUCACGUCUACCUCUGCUCUGGUCAAGUUCAACUUCCAGAGGAGCAUACCAGGCAUCCGAAUGUUUCAGAUACAAUACAAUGGAACCUAUGAUGACUCUCUGGUUUACAGAAUGAUCCCUCCGAGCAGCAAAAGUAUUCUGGUGAACAACCUGGCAGCCGGCACUCAGUAUGACCUGUGCGUGUUGGCCAUCUAUGAUGACCUAGGGACUUCUCUGACCGCCACGCGGGUGGUGGGGUGUGUCCGCUUCACAACUGAGCCGCAGUACCUCCGCUGCCACUUCAUGCAGUCCCAGUUCCUGGGAGGGACCAUCGUGGUCAUCAUCGGGGGGAUCAUUGUGGCGUCUGUCUUAGCCUUCAUCAUCUUCCUUAUCGUGAGGUACCGAGUGUGUAGCCAAGGUGAUGACGAUAAGGCUUUGGAGAUGGGCGAGAUCCGGUCUCUGAGCAGUGAUGGUCAGCUGCAGGUCUGCGGUGUCCCCAAAGCCCUGUCCAAGUCUAUGUCCAGGCCGCUCCUCCGGCCAGAGAAACCAGAAAAGGAGGACAAGGAGUGUCUGAAAGUGGCCAUUCCUCCUCCCGAGCCGGUCAAGCAGCAGCGACCCACAGCCCCGACCACCGUCACCUCAACCAAGCCCUCCAUCCCCGACUGUACCGUCUCCACCUCUGCUGCCAGCCACCGCUGGCACCCUGCCUCCCCUGGCACCCUGAGGCAGAAACGGGCCGGCAUAGCCGCCAGCGGUGGUCCAAAACCCGGAGAGGCCAGACGAGCCGAAGGCCUGACUGAUUUGGAGUUGGACAACACAAAUGGGAAUAACUCGGCAGAAACUAAAAUGGCUCCUGCCUUGGCUGUUCCCGCCCUUUCCACAAAAUGGACGCCAGUCGUAAGGGGUCCCCGCCCCUCCGGAGCCUCCGCCCGCCAUUACAUGACAGUGCCAGCAGGGGGUAUUAGGAUGAACCGGCGGCACUCUCUGAAUGUGGACUCAUACAAGGAGCGCUGCUAUGUCAGCCUGGUACAGCAGCAGCAGCCAAAGCCAGGCAGGAGUUUGCGGUCCAAACGCAGUCUGUCCAUGAGCGGAGAACUGCCCCAGCUGGACAGCGCAAUGGGAAACAUAAGCAGAGGCAGAGACAAGCUUUCCCGAUCUGAGUGGCUUCUCGAAAGCACUCUAUGAUCAGAAUUUUACUUGCUUACAGGUUCUUGUUUUACUGGAUUGGAUUUGUGGCCCAUCGUGGAGUAGACAUGCCUUGUUCAGAAAGUUACUGACGUCUUGCACUCACAGCACAAUGUAAGACGUUUCUGAAGAAAAGGCAGCCAAACAGGGUUUUAAAGGGCAAAUGUUUCACAUGAAGGGUUUCUACUUUAAAAAGCAAAUAUCCUCUCAAAUUAAUCUUUAUAGCGACUUUGGAUAUAACUUAAUGUACAAAAAGUGUUAAGUUGUGUAACAUACAGUAUAUGGCAAUCCACCCUUAAGUGUUCACAUGGUAUUGAAUGCAGUAAACUUGUUGAAAGUCCAGCCUUAUUUAGAGAGGGAGGGAGAGAAAGAGAAGAACAUCAUAUCUGUUUUAACAUCGCCUGUUAGUGAUUACGAUCACUGUGUAAACAACGAACGGACGCACUUCUUGUCAUCAGCUUUGCAGAAAAGUUGGUGAAGUCUUAAUUAAUUUGGUGGUGUUUGGAGGGGUUAGGAAUGUUCGACACCCCCAGGCAGAUCUACAGAACAAGAAUGUAGCCCGAACUGGGUUUGAACCAACACCCUACUUAGUACAGUGCACUCCUUUUUGAUCAGGGCUCUGGAUGGAAGUAGUGCACUGUAGAGGGGUCAGGUUGACAUUUGGAGCGCACAGCCUAGUGACAGAGCUGGAUCUGUUCAUCAAACCCACCAGACUCACAGCACAAUGCAGCAUUUAUGGCACUCGUUGGCUGAGCCUAAUACUGCCCUCUUUCCUUUUUUUUUUUCUUGUUUAGUUUAUUUCCCACACGUAAUUACACAUCAAGACUAAUGCUCAAAAGAUUCUUGUCACGACCGACACGUCAGUUCAAAUGAGCACAGAGAGGAUGACAGGAAUGAGUCCAACAUGUCAGGUGGAUGGAUGGGGCCCGAUAAGGGAUGGGCAGUCCAUUUUCAUGUUUUUUACUAUUAUUAAGACAUCAUUUGUCAUGUCGGGUCGAGGAACCGUUGUAUAUUGACUUAUUGGUAUCGAGCCAACAAAAGCCACCAAACGGUAUAUGUGAAGUCGGCUCUUGAUUUUGCUGUUGUUUCUGUUUGAUGUUUACCAGUAUAAAUAAACCAAUGAGGAA